AUGGUGAAUGUAAAGAAGCGGAAAGGUCGGGUCGUUAUUGACUCUGACUCCGAGGAUAGUGCUAGUGACGAUAACUUAGACCAGGAGUUGUUGUCUUUGGCAAAAAGGAAGAGGGUUGAUUCUGGUGAGCAGGAAGAGCCUGCUAACAAACCAGCCGCCUCCACAGACUCUGAGACAUCUGACAGUGAUGAUGAGUGGACCGUGACUGGCACCAAAGGCAAAAAGAAGGUUAAGCAAGGGAAAGGCACUGAAAAGAAGAGCACUACAAAGAAGAAGGUUAAUAAAGCAACGGCAUCUGGCAGCUCAGAUGGAGACAGCUCAGCGGACAGCUCUGCUCCAGAGGAAGGCGAGGUUUCGGAUUCAGAAAGCAACAGCUCAUCCUCCAGUUCCGACUCGGACUCCUCUGAAGACGAUGUGUUCAGGGACGGUUAUGACGAUGACCUGAUGGGCGACGCCGAAGACAGAGCGCGUCUGGAGCAGAUGACGGAGAAGGAGCGAGAGCAGGAGCUCUUCAACCGAAUUGAGAAGAGAGAGGUCCUGAAGAGGCGGUUUGAAAUUAAGAAAAAGCUUAAGACGGAAAAGAAGAAGGAAAAGGAGGAGAAGAAAAAGAAGCAGGAGGAAGAGCGAGAAAAAAGGAAGCAAUCUCAGGUUCAAGACACACAAGUGGUCAUGUCCCACAACAAGGAAAGACGGUCCAAACGGGAUGAGAAACUGGACAAAAAGUCGCAGGCCAUGGAGGAGCUGAAAGCCGAGCGCGAGAAGAAGAAAAACAAAACAGCCGAGCUGCUGGCCAAACGCGAGCCGCUCAAGACAAGCGAAGUGUACUCCGACGACGAGGAAGAGGAGGAGGAAGACGACGACAAGUCCUCGGUCAAAAGCGACCGGAGCUCACGCUCCUCGUCCUACGACGAUGACGAAAAAGAGGAGACGCCGCCAAAGUCGCAGCCCGUGUCGCUCCCAGAGGAGCUCAACAGGAUCCGCCUGUCCAGGCACAAGCUGGAGCGCUGGUGCCACAUGCCCUUCUUCGCCAAGACGGUGACCGGCUGCUUCGUGAGGAUAGGGAUCGGGAACAGCAGCAGCAAGCCGGUCUACAGGGUCGCCGAGAUUGUGGACGUAGUAGAGACGGCCAAGGUGUACCAGCUGGGAUCGACGCGGACAAACAAGGGACUGCAGCUCAGGCACGGGGCCGACACACGGGUAUUCAGGCUGGAGUUCGUAUCGAAUCAAGAAUUCACAGAAAGCGAAUUCAUGAAGUGGAAAGAGGCCAUGAUGGUCGCCAGCAUGCAGGUACCGACCCUGGACGAAAUCACCAAGAAGGAGCAAUCCAUCAAGGAAGCCAUGAACUACAAGUUCAACGACAAAGACAUCGAAGACAUCGUGAAGGAGAAGGACCGGUUCCGAAAAGCGCCACCAAACUACGCCAUGAAGAAAACCCAGUUACUCAAAGACAAGGCCAUGGCAGAGGAAAGCGGAGACGGAGAUCGGGUGAAAGUCAUCCAGGAUGAGCUCAACGAGCUGGAGGAAAGGGCGGAGGCACUGGACAGACAGAGGACCAAGAACAUCUCUGCCAUCAGCUACAUUAAUCAGAGGAACAGAAGUUGGAACAUUGUUGAAUCUGAGAAAGCUCUCGUGGCUGAAGGACAGAAUGCCAAAAACCAACAAAUGGACCCCUUCACGCGGAGACAGUGCAAACCAACCAUGGUGUCUAACGCCAGAGAUCCGUCAGUCCACGCAGCUAUUCUCGCACACCUGAACCAGAAGUAUGGCUCUGGGUCAGCAGCAGCAGAAAUUGCGAUUGCAGAGAAGAACAAACUGGAUCAAGCUAACCCAAAAGACAAAGACGUCCCCAAGCAAAACACUGACCUCUCGGAAGAUUUGUUUAAAGUUCAUGAUUUUGAUGUUAAGAUAGACCUGCAGGUUCCUAAUGCAGAGGCAAAGUCUCUGUCUGUGAGCUCCAAUGCGCUGCCGGUGAAAGACGGAGCCCCCCGCAGGUCCCUCAACCUGGAGGACUACAAGAAGAGGAGGGGCCUGAUCUGA